AAAUUUUAAAUUUUUAUAGUAAUUUCGUUUUUUGGGUUUACCAAAUUUAUUAUUUGUAUACAUAAAACCAAGUUCCCGCAAAUGGAAGUAAAACAAGAAAUUAGCGGGGCAAUGUGUAAAGUAGAGAUAGAGUCUAAUGAGUUGGAUGAUGCUCUUUUGGGACGUUUUAAAUGUGAAAUACAGGAGGAAUCUAAUAGGCAAAGUACACGUAACACAUAUGAUUAUUUGGACUUAAAUAAUUGUUCCAUAAAUACUAAAAUAGAGCGACAUGGAAAUAAACUUAACCCAUUUGAAGAACAUCAAAAAACUGAAAAAGGUUAUAUCCAAGAUGAACAAAAAAUGGAAAAUAUGGAGACACUAAUUGGAGAUACAUCUUAUGAAGAAAAUUAUAUGAGACAACAUUAUGAAGGAAAAACAUUAAAUAAAAUGAUGAAAAUUGCAGCUGGACAAAGACCUUACAAGUGUGAAAUUUGUUUUAAACAGUUUAAUACUGCAAGUGCCUUGAAAAAACAUUUGAGAACUCAUACUGGAGAAAAACCUUAUAAGUGUGAAAUUUGUUUAAAACAAUUUAGUGAAGCAGGUACAUUGAAAAGACAUUUGAGAGUGCAUACUGGGGAAAAACCUUACAAGUGUGGAAUUUGUUUAAAACUAUUUAGUAUUAUAACUAAUUGGAAAAUGCAUUUGCGAACACAUACUGGAGAAAAACAUUACAAGUGUGAAAUUUGUUUUAAGCAGUUUAAUACUGGAGGUGACUUGAAAAAACAUUUGAGAACUCAUACUGGAGAAAAACCUUACAAGUGUGAAAUUUGUUUAAAACAAUUUAGUGAAGUAGGUACAUUGAAAAGACAUUUUAAAGUGCAUACUGGGGAAAAACCUUAUAAGUGUGAAAUUUGUUUAAAACAAUUUAGUGAAACAGCUACAUUGAAAACACAUGUGAGAAUGCACACUGGGGAAAAACCUUAUACAUGUGAAAUUUGUUUAAAACAGUUUAUUACUAUAAGUAAUUGGAAAAGACAUUUGAGAACACAUACUGGAGAAAAACCUUAUGAGUGUGAUAUUUGUUUUAAGCAAUUCAGUCAAGCAAGUAGAUUGAAAACACAUUUGAGAGUGCACAGUGAAGAAAAAUCUUAUGAGUGUAAAAUUUGUUUUAAGCAGUUUUCUAGCAAAAAUAUUUUGAAAAUACAUUUGAAAGUGCACAGCGAAGAAAACCAAAUGUGAUUUAUUUUAAGCAAUUUUCUUUUCAAGUAUUUAAUAUGAAUCUUUAUUAGUUUUGCCUGCCGUCUUGGUCUAUGUGACUGAGAAAAAUGUUGCUCUGUAUGCCAAUGAGAUAUAUUUGUUAUGGCGAGCACGCCACUGUGUGUUCACCCACGCAUAUAAUCUCGAGGUGUCAGUGAUAUGUCCAUAACUAUGAGAGAUUUUUAAGAUAUAGUUUGUAUUCAUUAAGUUAGUAUAGUUUUAUACUCUAAGCUGUAAACAACUAAAUAAAUUUGUGCAUUUC